AUGAAAGUACCGUCAAAAGAGAAGGAAAAACCUUUGUGUGAAUUUUACACCCAUAUAGGAGACGAGGAUUGGGUUUUACCCGGAUUUGGCGCAAACCCGAACGAAGUUAAACUCCUCAAAGAAUACGGAAAUUUGGCGAAAUGCUACAAUUCCUUGCAUCCCACGCAUCAAGGCGUGAUACGGGACGCCAUAAAAGAAAUGGGAUUCGGAAUGAACCAAUUUCUCGACGAGGAUAUCGUCAGCCUUGCCCAAUACAAUAAGUAUUGUUACUACGUGGCCGGCCUGGUGGGCAUUAAUGCUAUCGAAUUGUCCAUUCUGAGCAAAGUUUGCGCACCGUUUAGCAUCCCGGAUGAGACGAAACGGUCCCUCUGCAUUUCGGCGGGGCUCCUGUUGCAAAAAGUCAAUAUAAUUCGGGACAUAAGAGAAGAUCUCUUGCAAAUCCCGCAGCCUAGGAUAUUCUGGCCGAAAGAGGUACGAAUUAGGGGUUUGGAGCAGGGUUACAAGGGAUAUAUAUCACUUAGUGAGAUUUAA